GAAACCUUUGCUUCCCAAAAUCAGGGCAAUGCGGAGCAAAAACUCGUUGUGCACAGCUAAUGAGAGACGAAGCCAUAUGUAUUGUGGUUGGAAAUCGUUGCCCUACUCUGCAUUUCGACAGUGCGUUCUGUGUUUGCAAAAAAUGGAAAGGAUCUGUCCUUGAUUAUGUCAGGGAUGGUCGCCGUCAGUUUGGUGUUCCAACAUCGGAGAUUGGGGUCAAGGUCGACGACCUGAUGAAAGUAGAAGGCUACCCUUUGGAAUCAGGGUAUAUCUUUGCUGGAAGCAAAGGCGGUAGAUGCCAGACGACCAGUUGAUUGAGCUCAAAAUUACAAUAAAUUGAGUGCAUUCUGGAGGUCAUGUUUCUGGUACACUGGACAGGGUGGAGUCGAAACACAAAUCUACAAGAAUCAUAGAACUCUCCAUAGCUACGAUGGAGCUCAAACCCGUCAUCUCCAAACGCUAUUCCAUAAGUGUUCCUUGUUUGGGGACGCGCUUAAAGUUCAAGUUAUGAAGAGGGUUCUUCCUUGCCAAUGAAAAGAACAGCAAGAUGGGGAACCACUCUGAAAGUUUCGCACUUCAGCAAGGAGUACAAAAGCCUGUAUGGUUCAGGUUUUAUGGAUAAUCUACUGCUCUCUCAUUUACAUGACAACGGAAGUCUCCGAAAUUUAUCUCUACUGGUGGAGUCCAACCUGUUUACCAAAUCCACUAGCCUUGAUCCAAAGCAGCCGCGCUUUUGAGUCACAUUUACUGGGCUUAUCGAUCGUAAGGUGGAUGAAGGCUUUCUUGCUUAAUGCUUGGAAAGAUAAUGCCUUUAUCUACGGAGGCUGAAUCUGGGGUGAUGCCUUUCGCUUCCAGAGAAGAAAUCGUGGAAAACCAUUCCGAAGAAAUGGAGAAGAAAGACAACGAUUAUGGCUUGGAGAAUCUUUUGCUAUCUUCAAAUUGUUUAUCAUGUGAAGUGGACCCUUAUGAUGGGAUCAUUGUGGAUCCAAGCUGUCUACCUACGGACGUGAACUCUUUCAUCGAUAGUCUUCAUGACUCUUUGGCCCUUUGGAAGUCUCAGGAGCGAAAAGGGGUGUGGUUGAAGCUACCUACAGAAAAUGCGAACUUGGUUUUUCCUGCCAUUGAGGCGGGCUUUGUCUAUCACCACGCAGAACCAAAUUAUGUGAUGUUGACUUAUUGGAUACCAGAAGUACCUUGUACACUUCCUUCCAACGCAUCGCAUCAAGUUGGUGUUGGGGCCUUCGUCCUGAAUGAAGAAGGGCAGGUUCUUGCGGUGCAAGAGAAGAAUGGGCCUCUGCAAGGGUCUGGAGUAUGGAAGAUGCCUACAGGAUUGGUCAACCAGGGUGAAGACGUACAUGAAGGUGCUGUUCGGGAAGUGAAGGAGGAAACAGGAAUUGAUACGGAGUUUUUGGAGGUAAUUGGAUUCAGACAAGGACAUCAGGUUUUAUUUGAAAAGUCCGACAUCUUUUUCCUAUGUGUGCUUCGACCUUUGUCAAUGACGAUAUUGAAACAAGAUACGGAAAUUGAAGCUGCUCAGUGGAUGGAUCUGGAGAAGUUUGCUUGUCAACCCUUCGUCCAAAAUAGUAUGUUGCGGAAAAUGGUGGAUAUGUGCAUGGCCUGUACACAAGGAAGGUACCGGGGCUUUGGCACCAGAGCCUUUCAUGCGGGCUCUGAAAGGAUGCCUUCUUACUUUUACUACAACGUUCAUGACAGCAUGGAGAAGUCAAUUCCGUAAUUGUACACUUAUCAAGAAUGUAGAAUUCAACUUAUGUACACUCCGAUGAUAGUUAUGAGGAACUCCAGUAUCGAGAUUGCUAUCUUUAUCUAGUGUGUUGGACUUGCUGUUAUAGAUUAUAGAUAUUUGCAUACAAUUGU